CGAAGGGGCCAGCUCCGCACCUCCCCGCGUGUCGCUCGCCGGGGCUCGCCGCGCCGCCGCGACCCUCCCCUCCCCCGCGCCCCGAGGCCCGGCCUGCGCGACCCUCGCGCGAUUGUUCCGAGGAAGCUGUGGGCUCGCCCAUGGAAGCAGGCACCUUUUUCGACCCAGUCGGUGGAAAGGAUUUGUUGAUGUCGAAAUCCGAGUGAAGGAAGCAACGAAGCGAAACUUUAAAAGGAACCCCACUGUCCUCCGAGUCGGGAGCGAUGCUACUCGGGCGACCGGGCGCCGCUGCCUGCCCCGCUUCGCCCUUCCCGGCGGUCGGGAACUUGUUCUGAUCCUCAGUGCUCCCAUCGAGUCCCCGCCCUCCACCCCCCCGGCACUCUGGAUAUGUUUUCUCCCAGAUCUGGGUAUUUUUUUGAUAUCGUGAAACUACGAGGGAAAUAAUUGCAGGGGUUUCUUCUGGGCUCCCUGCGUUUUCCCCAUGGACAUGCCUUCAAUUUGGGAAGCCGAGGCACCCCGUCCUAGGCGAAUGAAGCCCCCCAGCCACGAGGGAGCGAAAUGAAGGGAAAUUCUGCAGUGGAAUGAGAGCUCUACUAGCUAGGUCCUCGCAUCUGCCAUUUGUCCUUUCAAACUGCAUUGUAAUCCGGGCAGGAUAAAUCAGACGAAGAGCAGCCUUCUAGCCGGAUUUCUCGGCCCGAAUUUACUUCCCAGAUUUCUUUUCUUUGCUCUCCUGCUUCUUGGCUGGCCCAGGGAUGACUUCCUCGCUGCAUCGGCCCUUUCGGGUGCCCUGGCUGCUAUGGGCCAUCCUGCUGGUCAGCACUACGGCUGCUUCCCAGAAUCAAGAACGGCUGUGUGCAUUUAAAGAUCCAUAUCAACAAGACCUUGGGAUAGGUGAGAGUCGAAUCUCUCAUGAAAAUGGGACAAUAUUAUGUUCCAAAGGGAGCACGUGUUAUGGUCUGUGGGAGAAAUCAAAAGGGGACAUCAAUCUUGUGAAACAAGGAUGUUGGUCUCACAUUGGUGAUCCCCAAGAGUGCCACUAUGAAGAGUGUGUAGUAACUACCACCCCACCCUCAAUUCAGAAUGGAACAUACCGUUUUUGCUGCUGUAGUACAGAUUUAUGUAAUGUCAACUUUACUGAGAACUUUCCACCUCCUGAUACAACACCACUCAGUCCACCUCAUUCAUUUAAUCGAGAUGAAACAAUAAUCAUUGCUUUGGCAUCAGUUUCUGUAUUAGCUGUUUUGAUAGUCGCCUUAUGUUUUGGAUACAGAAUGUUGACAGAAACGAACUUACAGCUGAUUGGACGGGGUCGAUACGGAGCAGUAUAUAAAGGUUCCUUGGAUGAGCGUCCAGUUGCUGUAAAAGUAUUUUCUUUUGCAAACCGUCAGAAUUUUAUAAAUGAAAAAAACAUUUACAGAGUGCCUUUGAUGGAACAUGACAACAUUGCUCGCUUCAUAGUUGGAGACGAGAGGCUCACUGCAGACGGACGCAUGGAGUAUUUGCUUGUGAUGGAGUAUUAUCCCAAUGGAUCUCUGUGCAAAUAUCUGAGUCUCCACACAAGUGAUUGGGUAAGCUCUUGCCGUCUGGCUCAUUCUGUGACUAGAGGACUGGCUUAUCUUCACACAGAAUUACCACGAGGAGAUCAUUAUAAACCUGCAAUCUCCCAUCGAGAUUUAAACAGCAGGAACGUCCUGGUAAAGAAUGACGGCACGUGUGUUAUCAGUGACUUUGGUUUAUCCAUGAGGCUGACUGGAAACCGGCUGGUGCGCCCUGGGGAAGAAGAUAAUGCCGCUAUAAGUGAGGUUGGCACAAUUCGCUAUAUGGCACCAGAAGUGCUAGAAGGAGCUGUGAACCUGAGAGACUGUGAGUCAGCUCUGAAGCAAGUGGACAUGUAUGCGCUCGGACUCAUCUACUGGGAGGUGUUCAUGAGGUGUACAGACCUCUUCCCAGGUGAAUCUGUACCAGAUUACCAGAUGGCUUUUCAGACAGAAGUUGGAAACCAUCCCACAUUUGAGGAUAUGCAGGUUCUUGUGUCCAGAGAGAAGCAGAGACCCAAGUUCCCAGAAGCCUGGAAAGAAAAUAGCCUGGCAGUGAGGUCACUCAAGGAAACAAUUGAAGACUGCUGGGACCAGGAUGCAGAGGCUCGGCUCACUGCACAGUGUGCCGAGGAGAGAAUGGCUGAACUCAUGAUGAUAUGGGAGAGAAACAAGUCUGUGAGCCCAACGGUCAACCCAAUGUCAACUGCUAUGCAGAAUGAACGCAACCUGUCACAUAAUAGGCGUGUGCCAAAAAUCGGGCCUUACCCAGAUUAUUCCUCUUCCUCAUAUAUUGAAGACUCUAUCCAUCAUACUGACAGCAUCGUGAAGAAUAUUUCCUCUGAGCAUUCGAUGUCCAGCACACCAUUGACAAUAGGAGAAAAGAACCGAAACUCAAUUAAUUAUGAACGACAGCAAGCACAAGCUCGAAUCCCUAGCCCAGAGACAAGCGUCACAAGCCUGUCCACAAACACCACCACCACAAACACCACCGGCCUCACUCCAAGCACGGGCAUGACCACUAUAUCUGAGAUGCCAUACCCGGAUGAGACACACUUGCAUGCCACAAAUGUUGCACAGUCAAUCGGGCCAACCCCUGUCUGCUUACAGCUGACAGAAGAAGACUUGGAGACUAAUAAGCUAGAUCCAAAAGAAGUUGAUAAGAACCUCAAGGAAAGCUCUGAUGAGAAUCUCAUGGAGCAUUCUCUGAAGCAGUUCAGUGGGCCAGACCCAUUGAGCAGUACCAGUUCUAGCUUGCUUUAUCCACUCAUAAAGCUUGCAGUGGAAGUGACUGGACAACAGGACUUCACACAGGCUGCAAAUGGUCAAGCAUGUUUAAUUCCUGAUGUUCCACCUGCUCAGAUCUAUCCUCUCCCUAAGCAACAGAACCUUCCUAAGAGACCUACUAGUUUGCCUUUGAACACCAAAAAUUCAACAAAAGAACCCCGGCUAAAAUUUGGCAACAAGCACAAAUCAAACUUGAAACAAGUAGAAACUGGAGUUGCCAAGAUGAAUACAAUCAAUGCAGCAGAGCCUCAUGUGGUGACAGUAACUAUGAAUGGUGUGGCAGGUAGAAGCCACAAUGUUAAUCCCCAUGCUGCCACAACCCAGUAUGCCAAUGGGACAGUGCCAUCUGGCCAGGCAGCCAACAUAGUGGCACAUAGGUCCCAAGAAAUGCUGCAGAAUCAAUUUAUUGGUGAGGAUACCAGGCUGAAUAUCAAUUCCAGUCCCGAUGAGCAUGAACCUUUACUGAGACGAGAGCAACAGGCUGGCCAUGAUGAAGGGGUUCUGGAUCGUUUGGUAGAUAGGAGGGAACGGCCAUUAGAAGGUGGCCGAACAAAUUCCAAUAACAACAACAGCAAUCCAUGUUCAGAACAAGAUGUCCUUACACAAGGUGUUACAAGCACAGCUGCAGAUCCUGGGCCAUCAAAGCCCAGAAGAGCACAGAGGCCCAAUUCUCUGGAUCUUUCAGCCACAAAUAUCCUGGAUGGCAGCAGUAUACAGAUAGGUGAGUCAACACAAGAUGGCAAAUCAGGAUCAGGUGAAAAGAUCAAGAGACGUGUGAAAACUCCAUACUCUCUUAAGCGGUGGCGCCCGUCCACCUGGGUCAUCUCCACUGAGCCGCUGGACUGUGAGGUCAACAACAAUGGCAGUGACAGGGCAGUCCAUUCUAAAUCUAGCACUGCUGUGUACCUCGCAGAGGGAGGCACUGCCACGACCACAGUGUCUAAAGAUAUAGGAAUGAAUUGUCUGUGAGAUGUUUUCAAGCUUAUGGAGUGAAAUUAUUUUUUUGCAUCAUUUAAACAUGCAGAAGACAUUAAAAAAAAAAAAAAAAAACUGCUUUAACCUCCUGUCAGCACCCCUUCCCACCCCUGCAGCAAGGACUUGCUUUAAAUAGAUUUCAGCUAUGCAGAAAAUUUUAGCUUAUGCUUCCAUAUUUUUUAAUUUUGUUUUUUAAGUUUUGCACUUUUGUUUAGUCUCGCUAAAGUUAUAUUUGUCUGUUAUGACCACAUCAUAUGUGUGCUUAUCAAAAGUGGUCUCAAAAUAUUUUUUUAAGAAAAAAGCAAAAACAAUGGAUUGCUGAUAAUCAGUUUGGACCAUUUUCUUAAGGUCAUUAAAACAGAAGCAAAUUGAGACAGGUUUGACUGCAAUGGUGUCUGGUAUCCAUGUUUAAUUUUUCUGGGCACAAGCUAGUUAUAUGUUAAUAUGUUUUGACCAUAAUCUGUUGGACAUUCUUUUCUCGUGUAUUUUAUUUGAAUGUGCAAUAGUCUAUAGACCACAAAGAAGCUUUCUUAUCUGCUCUCUCCUAGCAGGGCACACAUUCUUGCAUUGUUGAAACAUUUUCCCCCAUCUUCGAUAAUAUGAACAUUGUCUAGCUUUCUCCUUGUGGAGAUACAUAGACGCUGUCCAAAGGGCUCCGCAAAGGACUUAUUAAAACCUUUUUUGAAAUGCCAUUGUCUUCUAACCUUCCAAAUGCUAUUGUUUCCUUCCAGGCAUUUUAAUAAGCGUAUCUGGUUCUGAUUUUGGAAGUUCAUAGAGAGCAUAGAACAAAACAGAAGAAAGCAAAUAUUAGCCUUUUCCAUUUUAUUUUUCUAUGUAUAUGUUCAUGUCUGUAUUCAUUAUUUAAGAAAUAUUUUUUAUCAGAAAAUGUAUAGAGCUGAACCUAAAUAGAAUUUUUAAGUAAAUAGCUGGGCAAGGUGACUAGUAUAGUAACUUUCAUUCUCUGACCAUCACAAAUUAAAUUUCAUUUUCUAUUUAUAAUAACUUUAGAAGUAAGUGAUAGUCGAUUUGAAUCUAUAGUAUGUAUGUGUCAUUAUUUCCCAGCACAGCCUGACAGUUCUAUGUGAAAAACGAUUCCUCCUCCCAUGACCUAAAACACUGUGGAAAGCUCAUCCAGCCAGCAUGCCAGAUCCCUAUGGAAGAAAGGCUUGCUGCACACUUAGCACCAUUGAGCAGACUAAGAUUGACCCUCUGUCUUUCCUAAGUUUAUUUCUUUACUAAUUCUGGUUUUGUAGUUUCUCCUUCUGCCAGUUUCAUGUGUUCUUUGACUGGGAGCAGCAUUCACUAUGAGUGCUGUAGUAGAGCAUACUUGUGGUGAUGAUGCACUGUGACAUUGCUGUCACAUGGCUUCUGGUGCUGCUGUACCUGGAUGUUGCCAUCACACGGCUUUUGCUUCUUUUGAAACUAAUGAUCUCUGAAACAACAGUCUUUUAAUAAAGACUUUCUGUCAAAAAUUUAGGAAUUUUCCCUAAACAUUGCUUCUUAUCAGUUUGCAGACAAAUUGUUCCCAUGUGUUUUCAGAUUCUCAGAAUCCUUAAUAUCCAUUAUCUGAUUACAUUUUCAAGUUUAGCAGGGAGAUAAAAAGUUAAGUGCAAAUCUCCAAAUUCCUGAUUUUGGUUCUUCUGCCUUGAACCCCGUUGUCUUAUCUGUAAUCUCUUUCCUUCCGUUUAACUCAUACACGAGCUUCCCUCACUUACCAUCUGCUGUGCUCUGAUGUCACAGCAUUGACCGUUUGGUCAGCUGGGAUGCUAACUGGAGCUCAGUUCUUCGGAUUACGAUUAUCUCACUUGUGCCCAGGAUUCUUUUCUCACCUUUGUGUUUCAUUGGCCCUCUUGUGGUUCAGAGUCUUAAUAUAUAUAUUUUUGUCUUCUAACAUUCAGGUUUUUUUUUCUUUCUAAUUAGUUACUGUCCUUUGUCUAUUUAACAAAUAAUUUGUAUCUUUCACUUAUUUCUUUUGUCCAAAUGACUCUCAAAUGCAUUUCAGAAUUUUAAUUUUCAGUUGUAGGACAACUUUAAAUCAAAAUAAGUUAUAUUCCUCCCAUCUCCAAUUUGAAACAUUAAGAAUAAAUUGACCCUUUGAAGUCCAAAAGAUCUUUUCUUGUCAGAAAAAUUGUCUUACAUUCUGAUACAGUUUGUAUUAGGCCCAGUCAAUUGUGAAUUUUCCAAGUCUUCAAUGUUUAUUAAUAGAAUGCUUUAAAAAUGAAUAUGCCAGAUAAAAGAAAUCUAUAGUUUCCCAUCUCAUUCAAAUAUAUUUAAAACAAAUAAUUCCUUGAACUGCUUGAAGAAUAGGAAAGGUAGUAAGUAUAGGUCAUUUUAAUAAAUUUUGAAGUCUAUAAUACACAGCAUGCAGAAAUCCCUUUAAUAUAACUUAAAUUACUAGUUAGAUUUAUUCAGUCUGAUUCUUGAAGCUAAAAUGGAAUUUACCACAAAAUUUCACACACACAAAUUAAUUUUAGGCCUUUUGAAUAAAAGUCAUUCAAUUUAAAAAGAUUUCUCUGGACAAUAAUAUAAUCUUACAAAUAUCAUAAUAGGACAUCAGAAUAUGAUGUUAGUUCCCUUAAGAAAAUACUAUUGUGGGGCUGGAGAGAUGGCAUAACAAUAACAGUGCUUCCUGUGCUUACAGAGGACCCAAGUUCAAUUCCCAGUAGCUACAUGGCAGCUCACAAUGUCUACAGGAUUCAGGUCCCUGUUUCGGCCUCCAGUGACAUGCAUGUAACAUCCCAUCCCACCCCCAACACACACAACAUACACAUAACUAUAAAUGACAAAUGAAAUCUUAAAAUACUAGUUAUAUACCAGAGCUAAAUAAUGGAAAGAACUUGGUUUGAAUUAUGUAUAGAAUAAAAUUAUUUAAAUAAAAAUCCUAAAUAAUUUAAAUGUAUAAUUUAAAAAACAUGGCUACUGUAGAAGUUUAUGAAGACCUCUGCUGAAAACUGGCAUUACAUACACUUAUUUUUUUCAUCCUCAGAGCAACCAUAUUGCAAUAUUUAUAUUUUAUAAAUGAGGAAAUAAAAAUAGGAAAUUUGUCUAAGUUUCAUACCCAGCCAUACCUGGGAGUUCACUCUGGGUCUGUAUCUCCAUAUAUCUUUUAUGCACAACACAUGAUCCACUUUCUUUAUGAACUGAUAUGCAGUGUACUGACAUGUACUCCAGCAGACAUGUGGUUUGCGUGUAAGCCAAACCAGGUAUGUAAUGAUCUUAAGUUAGGUAAAUAAAGGCCCAUAAUCACUAACAAUUCCUAACUCAAUACAAAAUUUAGCCUACAUCAUUUUACCUGCCUCCUACUAUUCUUACAUUGCAGAAUGGAGGGCAGAGUAAAUGUUAAGAGACACAUGAAGGGAGCUGAAGGAGCAGGGGCUCCUUAGCGUGAUCCCAUACCCCACUUGGGAAAAAGAGUUGCAUGCAAGUUUGUAGUCUUCUUAAUCUUUUGACUCCAUCUUUAAAAUUUCAGCUUUACCAGUGUCAGAAAAAUUGUUAAUCCAGAGAACUAAAUAAUCUGUAGAAAGAAUACAAGGUUAAUAUUCUUUAUAAAACAGGCUUGUAUUGCUUCCAUAUGUGUGUAUGCUUGUUCUAGAACCUGUAUGUUGGUUCUGAAUGAGAACAUAAGGAACACUCAAAUCAGUGGGAAUUACAAAAUUUUUUUUUUUAGAAGAAAGACAUUUUUUAAAAAAAACUUUAUUUAAUGUAUGAGUGUUUUGCUACA